AUGACGACUUCUGAGGAUAAAGAUAAAAACGAUGCCAAGAUAGAGACUGACCAGAGACGUGUGCGACUAGAUAAGUUACCUAAUCUAAAUGAGGUACCUCAUGCCAAUCCGAUGGAACGCUUGUUUGCACAGGCCGUACUAUUGCAAUUGAAGACACUUAAUAAGAAUGUGGUUAUAUCUCAAUUGGCGUUUGACGAUCUUUGUUAUGUUUCAUUAUUACAGUUAGAUGAUUUAUUGCAAAGUCUGAAGAAGAUAACUCAAGUACAGCGAAGGACAAAGAUCUCCAAGCUUGAUUUGAACCUCUACUUUAAAGGUAUUGGUAUGGAUCUGAAAGAUUUGAAUGGGCAAGUGGAAAUAUCGAAUUUUGUACAUGGGAAAUUCAAGGACGAGGCUAAUGCCUUGAACGAAACUGUGCUAAAGGUUAAACAGCAGUUCAUGAAAGAAUUGGAAGAAAAAGAGCUUUUGAGUUCUAAACAUUCAGAGUUCUUCGUGCAAGAUGUUGAUAUAUUAAAUUUGUUACCUUCGAGCAACAAAUCUAACAAAUAUGUGCCCAGUUGGUUGCCAGAACUACCGCCUGAUCAUACGUACAAAUUUACCUCGUUGUACAAGAGACCCAUUACAGAUGAGAGGCUGAUGAAGAAGAAGUUACUAGAAGAAGGAAGGCUUUCGGAAAAGGCAUUGUUGAAUAUGCUUAGUCAAGUUGUCAAUCAGGACCCACUGGUAGCGCUAAAUAAAGAUAGCGACCAGUCUGCCAACAAUGCUGCCCUUUCUGAACAUAUUAAAGAAAGUCAGUUAGAAACCGAUUUAAUCUUUGACCCUCAUAAAACCAUACCUACAGAUAAAGAAUGGGGUACAACAACGGUCCUUCAUGGCAUCGAGUCAUUCAAUCUUUCGCCAGUGAAGAAUUUCAAUGUGUUAGAAUACUGUAAGAAGAGAGAUGCAAUAGUAAAACGAAGGGCUGAAAGGGCAGAAAACCAAGUAUCGAAUAAGAGACGUAACCCAUUCAUACGAGGUGCCAUGAUCUGUUCACCCUACGGUCAAGGGAGUACCAAAUCGAGGAAGUCAGUUGAAAAUCAAUUGAAAACAAUGCUAAGGCGUAGUUACUUGGGGCUGAUAGAUUCCAUACCGAGAGUCAAAGAAGUACGAGAAAGAGCGAGAAAAGAGGCAGAAGAAAGAGAGAGACUUUUACAAGAACAAAGGAGAAUAGAAAAGGAGAAGAAAAUGGCCGAACAAGAGAUUCUUGAUCUUAAUAACCUACAAACUGAUCCCCUAUUGCAUGGCUGGGACAAAGACAGCGAAGAUGAUGACGAAAACGACGACGAAAAAUUUCUGACGCAGGGACCGCCAGAGGUACAAGCAAUAACAGAUACUAACAUUUCAACUCUGGGGGAGUUGGCUUCUGAGCUGUUGCACGGACCAGAUGAAGAAAAACCGAUGGAAAGCACAGAGACUUUUGAAGAUGUACUUCCGUCAAUUACCCCCGCUAAUUCGACUCCUUUACUUUCAGAAGUCGCAUCGGGAUCCGCAUCAGGUCUGACGCCGAAAGAUAUAUCGGAAGAUGCACCAGAAGCAGGAUCAGAAGAAGCUAAAUCAGAAUUAGCCCUUCAUACAUCACCGGGAGUUGCCACAGACGAGUUGCUAGAAAAUCAAUCACAAGAUCACGAUUCUAACGUGAAUGAUUUAUUCUGA